UCACUGGGUGGCCUCACUGAUUGGGUGGCCAUGUCAUUCAUCUUCCAAUUGAGGAUGUUUUGAAAAGGAAAGAGGAUGCCAUUAAUAAUUAGUUUUCAACAACAAACUGUUGAACCCAAACUGCCCCCAGAACCCGUGACCUCUAAUCACUGUACUUAAUAUGAAAUUGGAUGUGUCGGAAAUGAGAGAAAAGAGUGGAAGGAAAGAGAUAUAUGUUUCCUCGGAAGGAACUGAGAGCAGCAGGAUAACGUGACUGUCCCAACUGCACUUCUUUGAUUUCAAAGAAAUAAAACAGCUUUGGAGCUGUUCUUCAAACAGGAUCUGUGUAGCAGAUUGCUAGUGUCCAGUAAGGUCAUUGCUAAACAGGCACCCAGAGAAGGAGGAAAGUCUAGAACUAAGGGGGAGAAGGUGCUCAAAGAGGUGAAAAGAAUGUGGAUCUUCUGGAGAAGUAAUGUUCUAAAGCAGGUAAAAAAUUAAAAAUGGCUUCCCCAGAACCGAAGGGCCUCGUGCCCUUCACCAGAGAGUCUCUUGAAUGUAUGGAACAGCGUAUUGCUAAAAAAUACAAGGAGGAACAAGAAGAAGAUGUAAAGCCAGACGUUGACUUGGAAGUUGGGAAAGAGCUUCCGUUCGUUUACGGAACUCUUCCUCGAGAAAUGGUGUCAGAGCCCCUGGAGGAUGUGGACGCGUACUAUCAUAAUCAAAAUACUUUCAUGGUGUUAAACAAAAAGAGAAUAAUUUUCAGAUUUAAUGCCACCUGGUGUACAUUGUCUCCUUUCAAUUCAAUUAGAAGAAUAAGUAUUAAGAUUUUGGUACAUCCCUUUUUUCGACUGUUCAUUUUGAUUAGCGUCCUGAGUGACUGCAUAUUUAUGACCAUGACUGAUUUUCCAUACUGGGGGCCAAAAUUACAGAUCACUUUGCUUGGAAUUUACACUCUCGAAAUCCUUGUAAAACUCAUUGCCAGAGGCACCUGGACUGGACCAUUUUAUUUCUUUGGGGACCCGUGGAACUGGCUUGACUUCAGUGUAACUUUAUUUGAGCAUAUAACAAUAUAUUCACCUCUAAACUUCAAUCCAAUAUUUAGAAUUACGAGAAAUUUGAGAAUUUUGAAAAUCAUUCCUUUAAACCAAGGCCUGAAGUCUUAUGUAGGGAUCCUGCUCCUUUGCUUGAAGAAACUUACCGGUGCCAUUAUCCUUACUCUGUUUUUUCUGAGCAUAUUUUCUGUGAUUGGGAUGGGGCUCUUCAUGGGCAAACUGAAGCAUAAAUGUUUCCGAUGGCCCCACGAAAAUGCAACUGAAACCAUGCACAACAGAACCAGAAACCCAUGUUACAUUCGAGAAACAGAAAACUUUUAUUAUUUGGAAGGAGAAAGAGAUGCACUCCUUUGUGGCAACAGAACAGAUGCCAGUUGGUGUCCGGAAGGAUACAUGUGUGUAAAAGCUGGCAAAAAUCCUGAUAAUGGCUACACAAAUUUUGACAAUUUCGGCUGGGCCUUCUUAGCCCUAUUCCGGUUAAUGACACAGGAUUAUCCUGAAGCACUGUAUCAUCAGAUCCUUUAUGCUUCUGGAAAGGUCUACAUGGUAUUUUUUAUUGCAAUAAGUUUUUGGUUUGCCUUUUAUAUGGCAAGCUUGUUCUUUGGGAUAGUAGUUAUGUUUUAUGAAGAAGAAAAGCAGACAACUGCUGAAAAAGCUAAGAAGACUGACCCAAAAUUUCAGCACACUUUAAAAGACCUUCGAGAAGAAGACAAAGCAGCUGAGAUUGAAACCACAGAAAUGGAAAUGAAGAAAAGAUCACCAACAUCUAUGAUCACUUCUUUAGAUAUGUUGGAUGAUGCUACUGUCACUCAUAAAGAAGAACGUAAAAAAUCUCGGAAGAGAUGUCCCUUGUGUUGGUAUAAAUUUGCUAAAAUGAUUCUGAUCUGGAAUUGUUCUCCCUGUUGGUUAAAACUGAAAGAGUUUGCCCAUGUGAUUGUGACACACCCAUUUACCGAUCUUUUUCUAACUGUAUGCAUAAUUCUAAACAUAUUUUUUUUGGCCUUGGAAUGUUACCCAAUGAGUGAAGAAACCAUCAAUGUACUCAGCAUUGGAAACCUGGUUUUUAUUGGAAUUUUCACAACAGAAAUGAUUUUUAAAAUAAUUGCUAUGCAUCCAUAUAGGUAUUUCCAAGUAGGCUGGAACAUUUAUGACAGCCUAAUCGUGUUCCAUGGUUUAGCAGAGCUUUUUGUGACGAGAGUUUAUGGAUUGCCUUCCUUUCAUUUAUUCCAGGUGUUGCGAAUCUUUAAGUUGGGGAAAUACUGGCUGACAUUUAAGAUUCUGAUGCUGACUCUUAAUAACUCACUGGUGGCCUUGAAAGACUUGAUCCUGCUGUUGUUCACAUUCGUGUUCUUUUCUGCUGUGGUCGGCAUGAAGCUGUUCGGUUUCAGUUACUGGCAGUAUGUCUACAACUUAGACGAAGACUGUCAGCCCCCACGCUGGCACAUGAUUGAUUUCUUCCACUCCUUCCUGAACGUGUUCCGGAUUCUCUGUGGAGAGUGGAUAGAGACUUUGUGGGACUGCUUUAACGUAGCAGGCCAAUUCAGUUGUAUUCCUUUUUACAUGAUGGUCAUUUUAAUUGGAAACUUACUGAUUCUUUACGUGUUUCUGGCAUUGGUGACCUCCUUUAGCUCAUACAAUGCUACCACAAUGGAAGAGAACGAUGAAGCAAAAAAUCUCCAGCGUGCAAUGGCAAGGAUUAAGAAAGGAAUACACUAUAUGCUUUCUAAAAUAUUAUGUAAAAGACAAAAUGUUCCCAAGGACACAGUGGACAGUGUAAAUGAUACAUAUGUUAAAGAGAAUAUUUCUGACCACACCCUUUCUGACUUGAGCAACACCCAAGAUUUCCUCAAGGACAAGGAAAGAAGCAGUAGCAGGGAGAAAAACACAAUGACUGAAAAUGCAAAUCAAUCACUUAUCUCCAGCCCUACUGUCUCUGAAACUAUACCAAUGGCUUCAGGAGAAUCUGACAUAGAAAACCUGGAUAAUAAGGAGAUUCAGAACAAGUCGGGCUAUGGCAGCAGCAAAGAGAAAGUAAAGCCAUCCAGCUCAUCUGAGUGCAGUACAGUCGACAUCGCGAUCUCUGAAGAAGAAAUGAUCUAUGAACAUGAAAAGCCAAAGCAUCGUAAAAACAGCUAUGAACAAAGAUCUUCAACAGGUCAAAUCAGUAGAGAAUCCAAGAGGGGAAAAGUUUGGCCAAACAUAAGGAAAACCUGCUGCAAGAUAGUAGAAAACAGUUUUUUUAAGUGUUUCAUUGGCCUUGUCACUUUGCUCAGCACAGGUGCUCUGGCUUUUGAAGAUAUAUAUAUCGAUCAAAGAAAGACUAUUAAAACCUUAUUAGAAUAUGCUGACAUGAUCUUCACUUACAUCUUCAUUCUGGAAAUGCUUCUAAAGUGGAUGGCAUAUGGUUUUAAAGCCUAUUUCACUAAUGGCUGGUACAGGCUAGACUUCAUGGUUGUUAUUGUGUUUUGUCUUAGCUUAAUAGGCAAAUCUCGGGAAGAACUAAAACCACUUACUUCCAUUAAAUUCCUUCGGGCACUUAGAGUUCUAUCUCAAUUUGAAAGAAUGAAGGUGGUUGUGAGAGCUUUGAUCAAAACAACUUUACCCACUUGGAAUGCGGUCCUGGUCUGCCUUAUGGUCUGGCUGGCCUUUAGCAUCAUGGGAGUACAUUUAUUUGCUGGCAAGUUUUAUGAAUGCAUUGACCCAACAAGAGAAGAAAGGUUUCCUAUACAUGAAGUCAGUAGUAAGAAUCAAUGUGAAAGUCUUUUAUUUAAUGAAUCCAUGCCAUGGGAGAAUGCAAAACUGAAUUUUGAUAAUGUUGGAAAUGCUUUCCUUUCAUUACUUCAAGUAGCAACAUUUAAUGGGUGGAUCGAUAUUAUGAAUUCAGCUGUUGAUUCUACUCAAGUAAAUAUGCAGCCCAACUUUGAAGACAACAUCUACAUGUAUAUUUAUUUCAUUAACUUUGUUAUCAUUGGAUUAUUUCUUCCUCUGACUAUGCUGGUUGGUGUUAUUAUUGCUAAUUUCAACAAGCAUAAAAUAAAGCAAGGAGAUUCAAAUAUCUUUAUAACAGGAAAGCAGAAAAAACAAUACCAUGCACUGAAGAAGCUGAUGUGUGAGGAUUCUCUAAAAACAAUACCUCGCCCAGGAAACAAGUUCCGGAGAUUCAUUUUUGACUUGGUAACAAGUCAAGUUUUUAAUAUCAUCAUUAUGGUUCUUAUCUGCUUCCAAGCAAUAACCAUUAUGAUACAAAGUGAUGAACAGAGUGAACAAAUGGACGCUGCCCUCUACUGGAUUAACUUCACUUUUGUUGUGCUGUACGCUGCAGAGUGUGUGCUGAAGCUAAUCUCUUUCCAUUGUAACUAUUUUGCUAUCGGAUGGAACAUUUUUGAUUUUAUGGUGGUUGUCUUCUCCAUUACAGAACUAUUUCUGCCUCUAGCAGGAUACUACCUUGUACCUUCUUCCUUCAUGAAACUCAUACUUCUCUCUCGGAUCAUCCACAUCCUGCGUCCUGGGAAAGGACCUAAGGUGUUCCAUGAUCUGCUGCUUCCUUUGAUCCUCUCCCUCCCGGCAUUGUUGAACAUCAGUCUUCUCAUCUUCUUGGUCAUGUUCAUCUACGCCAUCUUUGGAAUGUACAACUUUGCCUAUGUUAAAAAGGAAGCUGGGAUUAACGAUGUGUCCAACUUUGAAACCUUUGGCAGCAGUAUGCUCUGUCUUUUCCAAGUCACAAUAUUUGCUGGUUGGGAUGGGAUGCUCAAUGCCAUUUUCAACAGUAAAUGGUCUGACUGUGAUCCUGAAAAAAUUAACCCUGGGACUCAGGUUAAAGGAGAUUGCGGUAAUCCCUCUGUUGGAAUUAUUUAUUUUGUCAGUUAUAUCCUCAUAUCAUGGAUGAUCAUUGUAAACAUGUACAUUGUUUUCGUUAUGGAGUUUUUAAAUAUUGCUUCUAAAAAAAAAGCCAGGACACUGAGCGAAGAUGAUUUUAGGAAAUUCUUUCAGGUAUGGACAAGGUUUGAUCCGGACAGAACCCAGUAUAUAGAUUCUAGCAAGCUUCCAGAUUUUGCAGCUGCUCUGGAACCUCCUCUUUUCAUGGCAAAGCCAAACAGGGGCCAGCUUGUUGCCAUGGAUCUUCCAAUGGCUGCUGGGGACAGAAUCCAUUGCCUUGAUAUCUUACUUGCUUUUACAAAGAGAGUUAUGGGUAGAGAUGUGAGCAUGGAGAAAAUGCUUUCAGAGAUAGAGUCUGGGUUUAUGUUAGCCAGCCCUUUUAAGAUCACAUAUGAGCCAAUUACAACUACUCUGAAACGAAAACAAGAGGCGGUCUCGGCAACCAUCAUUCAGCGUGCUUAUAAAAGUUACCGUUUGAGGCAAAAUGACAAAAAUACAUCAGACAUUCAUAUGAUAGAUGACGACAGGGAAGAUAAAGCUACCAAAGAAGAUGCCUGUUCUGAUAAAGCUUAGCAAAAGUCAACUAUUCAAAGUCCUAUCUAAUUCCACUAACCACAUUUUCACUUUCUUUACAUCUCUUAAAAAUGUUAAGUUUAAGUCAGAAAUAAAAGCAAAGAUUAGAGACAGUAAAGAUUUCACUUUAGUAAUCAGUUGUUUACAACUCAUGGAAGUUAAGCUUUCACAAGACUCCAUGUUGAACUCACUUUUUUACCCCUCUACAUUCGGUGUAAUCAGACAUCCCUUUAAAUCACUGCAGUGAGUUAAAGUGGGUUACAAUGCCAUUUGAUAAUCCAAUGCUUGUUUUCUCUAUAGGAUUUUCAGUGUGUGAUUCUUCUGGAGGAUGGGGAGGUGAGGGUAUAAAUUAGUAGCAAAGGAGUCUUUCUUGUAUAUUUUAUGUCUACUUUAACUUGAUGGGAUCCAAGUCCCCAUGUUUCUUAACGUUGAAUGGUGUUUAAAAAGCAGUAUAAUGCUGCAGGCCAUUAAAUCAUAAACUUUCCUACACAGAUGCCAAUUGGGGGAAGAGGAAGGGCUGUUUUUAGAAAGUGCCUUUGAGAUCAGCCACAGAGACCUUGGGCUGAAUCAAACCACAUCUGAAAAAGAUUGAUCAGAGCCCCGUUUCUGUUUUAUUCCUUCUGUUUUGGGUAUGGGGAAUUAAUGUUGUUUCAUGGCUCUUGAAUUCCUGGCUUCCCAUCUCUGGCUAGUUUCAGCUAAGUCGCUCUUCAGUAGCAUGUGUUCAUAGAACAAGAACAAAAAGGAAAAUGGUUAUGACAUAUACUUUCUUUAUUCACAUGUUUAAAAAGUAUAUUUACUAAAAUGAUAUAGUAGAAAAUAUGUUAGUAGUCUUAAGUCUUACCUUAUCAUACAAUGAUGCAUUUUUACCAUUUAUCCAUAAAGUAACAUUGAGUAUAUAAGAUCUGGCAAAUGUAUAUCAUAAUAGGAAUUAGAAGAGUCAAAAGCUACCAUCGUGUCUAGGGAUUUUCAGCGUCUUCAUCAUUAGUUGGUAAACUGUGGCCAAUUUGAACUACUUUGUGCUGUACUUUAUGGUUCUUUAUAAAUAGAGAAAGGAAAUGAUCACUGAAGCUGUGAGAACUCUGAAUUUGGAGAUCAAAGUGUGAGUAUGUUGGUGGGGUCUUAUAACAUUAAUUUGUACAAGUUAGUUUUCAGUUACUCGUUUGUCUUUCUGAGUUCUUAUAUUUAUUUCCUUAUAUAUAUACUUACUCUCCAAAAUGUUUUAUGUCUGAAAAACUUUAAAAUCCUAAACAUUAAUUUUCACCAUUGAAGUUAUUUAUAAAAGAUUGGCACAAAGGUGUUUUUAGACACAUUCAUAAAAAUGCAGUCAUAUCUACAAGGUCUGUCUACAAAAAGUCCAACCAUUGUUAAUAUAUUAGGAAGAGUUUGUGCACCAUUUAUAUAAUCUGGCAGCCAAGGAGAGUGGACUGGAAUGCACAUGUGUGAACAGUGGCAACUUCACUGUACUAGUCAGUGGGGGUAGUAGGUAGGUACCCUUGAAUGAGCAUGUGUACUGUGUGGCCAUCACAUUCAAAAUGACUGAGCAAGUAGAGCAAUGAAUCUGCAUCAAAUUUUGCAUUAAGCUUGAAUAUUCCCCUGUGAAAACUAUUUGGAUGAUUCGGGAGGCUGCAGCUAUGGGCAACCAUGACUUGCCUCUUUAUCACAACAGUGUGACUACUUAUCAUCACAUCUCAUGCGGUUUUUUGGCAAAACAUUAAAUCACCCAGAUAACUCAGAUUCCCUACAACCCAGAUUUGGUGCUCUGUGCUUUCUGGCUUUUCCAAAAACUAAAAUCAUUACCUUUGAAAGGGAAGAGAUUUCAGACUGUUGAGGCAACUCAGAAAAAUACGGCCAGGCAGCUGAUGGAGAUUGGGAGGACUGUGUGAGAUCCUAAGGUGCCUACUUUGAAGGGGACUGAGGUGUCAUUGUCCUAUGUACAAUGUUUCUUGUAUUCUCUUCAAUAAAUUUGUCUAUUUUUUUAUAUUUACAUGGCUGAAUACUUUCUGGACAGACCUCAUAUAUAGUUUGAGAUUCUGAAAUUGAUUCUUUUUAUAUAAAGAUUGUUUUCAAUGUACCUACAAAGUCUUAAAAGAUUCACUGAGAAACUAUGUAUACUGUUAACUUAAAUGACAAACUUUGAAUAUGUUGUAUGACAUUCAAUGCCAUUUAAAUAAUAGCAAUUGUGUUUUAUUAUGAACGCAUGAUCUUGAGCCUUAACCAUCAUAAUCUAACUAUUUUUUCUCCUCAGAAAUGUAUUAACCUUACCAAGAUGCCUUUGGGGGAUGCUCUAAGCAACUGUAAUUUCGGGGUUUUGUUUCUUUCUCCUCCCAUUCUUCAUCAUGUAUGUGAUGGGGACCAGGAGGAGUCGGUGUUAGCCUGGUGACGUAGUGACAGCUGGUGCUUUGUCUGAGCUUAUCAGCUUUCUAUCCCCUGGAAACACUUUCAUGUGGAAACUGCUUCAGAUACUCAAACUGAAUCUUAACGUGCUUCUGUAAAUUCUGUAAAGACCACAAACUGAUUUUAGUUUGAAAACUAUGGCUUUUAUUUGUAAACUGUGUUUGCCACUAACCUACCAAAAUUGUGUGAAGAAUUAUUUUUAACAAAGUGGUACAAUAUAUUCUAAUUUUUAAAUACUGUAGAGAAUAAUAAAUGCAAUCUGUUUACCACAUUAAGCUUUGUUUUUCUUUGAUAAGUCAGAUUGGCAACUUUCUAUAAUAAAAGCUUUUUUUCUUAAUGAC